AAGCGUCAGAGAUGAAGUCUUGUACAUUAGCCCUGGUUGUACUGGUAACAUUGUCGGUGAUCCAGCUCACUGUUGCCCGCAAACCGGUUUGCCUGCUACCCCCUGUUGCUGGUCGCGGUAACCUGGCAAAGACGCGAUACUACUGGGACACUGCGGCGUCUCGGUGUCGGAGGUUCACGUUUAAGGGCUUUGGCGGCAAUGGGAACAGAUUCGUGACGAUGUUGGACUGUAUGGCUAGUUGUAGAAAUUAGCUGAUCAGCAACGAUGUCCCAUGGACCACAGAAGUCAAAAUGUCAUACAAGACGAACUUCUCCAUCUUCUCAACUUUUACUUCAAAACUGUUUUUAGCUUUUCUUGGUGAUAUCGUCACUUCGACUGUACUGCUAUAAUAAUCAUAUUCAAAAUGUGAAUAAACAUCUAAAUGCCG